AUGGGUAACUCUUCCAGUGGUCACAAGCGCAGACCGUCACUGGACGACGAUGUCCUCUCGGGCGUUCUUGCUGGUAAAAGAUAUGUAUAUCAAAUGUCACAUGACACUCCUGCCGAGGAUUCCGUGAUUAGCUUUGUUACUGGUAAUUCUGCCGUUCAUGCUAUUGCGGACCAACUCCGUGAUUCCCGACUUUAUGACUCAGGUGGCAAGCCAAAUUUAUUCGUUGGAGGAUCGGGUCCAGGUCUUGAUAUUUCAGAAGAAAAUCAAACUGUUCAGAGUGUACCAACUGUUUUUAAGUGGGAUGGAGGAGGAAAAGACGUUUACAUAAGUGGCACAUUCAAUGGUUGGAGGUCGAAAAUCCCGAUGGUUAAAAGCUCGAGUAAACAUAACUUUUAUACGAUCAUUGAUCUUCCUCUUGGUGAACAUCAGUACAAAUUUAUUGUUGAUGGGCAUUGGAAGCUAGACCAAAACCAGCCUGUUUUUACUAGUCCGACCGGUGUUCAAAAUAACGUGAUUCAAGUCAAAGAGUCGGACUUUGAUGUGCUUACUGCUCUAUCUCAUGAUAUGGCGAAUUCUCGUGGUAGUGAAGAUCGGUCCUCAGUCUCACAGGCUAUUCCAUUUCAAAUAAAUGAUGGAAAAUCUGACGCCCCAGGGGCAUCAGAAGCGGAAAUUCCCCAUGUACCAAGUUCCGGGUCUGGUUCACCUCCUGGUGAAUACAGCCGUUUUAUUCCUGCUACACCGUUAGAAGCUUUAUCCCCGCAAACCGGGAGUGGAGGGUCAUUACCUUCACCAGCAGUUCAUAAUAAUUCAAAUGAUCCUAAGAAAGCAUUAACGCCUCCGUUGUUACCUCCACAAUUACUUCAGGUAAUACUUAAUCGGGAUACAAAUGUCCAAUGUGAUCCAAAUUUAUUACCACAACCAGAUCAUGUGAUGGUCAAUCAUAUGUAUGCUUUGUCUAUCAAGGAUGGUGUCAUUGUUCUCUCAGCUAUAACACGUUAUCGACAAAAAUUUGUCUCUACUGUAUUAUACAAACCGAUAUAA